AUGGCCGCCGCCGAUGUUCGCGACAUGCUCGAUUUGCCCGCGGAUGGGCAACCCCGUCCAACAAAAAAGCAGAAGGUUGUCGAGAAGAGGCCAGAGGGCAUUACUCGUGAGCUUUUUGCGCUACUCGGUGAAAAGGCACCUCCUAUCGCACUUAAUGAAAAUAAAUACAAGUUGAAAAAAUCCAAUCGAAGAAUAACCCCAUGGCGAAUGACCGAAUUCAAAAACGACGCGCGCAGCGAUGGAUUGGUUCUUCGACAUUGGAAGAAGACGGAUACUGCGAACAAACCAGCCAAACCAGAUGACACUACUAUGGACGUUGACGAGCAGACAACCGAUGACGCACAGCAGGGCCCUCAACAAUAUACGUUUGCAAAGUAUAACAUCAAGGCUCAAGUUCCCAAAAAAUAUACCGACGAACAAUACCAGCGACACCUGCAGAGCGAUGAUUGGUCACGAGAGGAGACUGAUUAUCUUAUGGCUUUGGUGGAAGAAUACGAUUUGAGAUGGGUAGUUAUUGCCGAUAGAUACGACUUUCAACCAAAAACCUCGGAGAAUAGCGAAGGGAAUGCGACAGCACUUGUUACGGCGAAAAGUAUCCGGACCAUGGAGCAAAUGAAGGCACGUUAUUACACCGUGGCAGCAAAUAUGCUUGCACUCGAGCAUCCACCCUCGGAGAUGUCAGAAGCGGAGUUCGCGUUACAUGAAAAGAUGAUGAAAUUCGACCCAGAGCGCGAACGACAGCGAAAGGAAUUAGCUGCAUUACAGAUGAAUCGCACUGCCGAUGAAGUCCGCGAAGAAGGAAUUCUGUUGGAAGAACUCAAACGCAUCGUCACAAACGAACAGAACUUUAUCGCAGAGCGUAGAGAGCUUUACGCCAGACUUGACGUUCCGUACCACGUUAGCAACACGACCAUGUACCAAUCCAGCCAAGGCUUGUCGCAGCUUUUGUCAACCCUGUUACAAGCCGAUAAGAGCAAGAAGCGCCGCUCUAUACUCGGACCGGAGAGUGUCCCCAGCCCAGCCGGGCAAACACCCUCCCAAGCCCUACCCAACGGUGGCCGGGACAGUCAGGUCGAAACACCCACAGCUGGGCCCUCGACCAAGAAAGGUGGAGCAGCAGCAGCAGCAGCCGCCGCCGCCUCGGCCGCCGCAACCCCAACACAACCCACCAUACGAACCCUCACCAAAGAAGAAGAACAAAAAUACGGCGUCCAACACCACGACCGCAUCACUCCGGGCGUCCACUUCCGCAACGACAAAGCCACAAAACUCACACAAGCCAAAUCAAACAUUCAAACACAAAAACUUGCGGCCGCCCUCACGGAGCUCGAUAUUCCUUUACGUCUCCUAAUGCCCACCGAGAAAGUAUGCAAGGAAUUUGAAAAACUCAUUCACCAAGUCAACACAUUACUUGACGCGCGCAAAGUCGCUGAAAAAGUGGAAAGCGAAAUCCGCGUCCUGGAAGCUGCUAGAGAGGAACGUCAGAAGAAAGAACGUGAAGCAAAUCCUACUGCAGCUGGAGCUGCAACCAAUGAAUCUGGCACCCACAAAUCAGAGAAACAAAUCAAAUUAGAGUCUGUGGAAGAUCAAGGAGCCGCAACAGCAGCGGAGGGUACCGAUGCAAACCAGCAGAAAGAUGAUGCCACGGCCGAGGCGAGUGCUGCUGGGAAUAAGCAUAAACGGUCGGCUAGUGUGCUGAGUGCUCAGAGUGAUAAGAGUUCCAAGAGGCAACGCAAGUAA